UGUCAAAUUGUUGCACGCAUGUAUCCUGUCAAAAAGGAGGAAGUAUGCUAGGUGUUUAUAAUUGAUCGCGACUUCCCACAUCAUAUAUUUUUGUCAAUUAAAUAACAGCACGGAUCAACUGUCUUGUUGCCAUGCAGUGAAUGGUUCAAGGCAUGCUUACCAAGCUACUCAGAAGGAGCACGAAUUUGAGAAGUAAAGUCCACUCAUGCUGAUGAUCAGUCCAAGAAUGGCCUCUGGAAUGCAAGAGAAACAAUACACCCCAUCCUUAUUAAAUUUCUUCAUUUACAACCCUAAGUUUGGACCUCGUGAGGGAGAGGAGGAAAAGAAAAUUCUGUUCUACCACCCAAGUGAGUUAGAUCAAAAUGAAAAAAUCCGCAGUGUUGGACUCUGUGAAGCCAUAGUUCAAUUUACAAGAACGUUUUGUCCAACAAAGCCAGCAAAGUCUCUUCACACACAGAAGAACAGGCAGUUUUUCUUCGAAGCGGAAGAACAUUUUUGGAUGGUCAUGGUGGUCCGAAACCCUAUGAUAGAGAAACCUAAUAAAGAUGGAAAGCCACCAACAGUAGAAUAUCAGGAAGAGGAAAUUCUUGAUUCCGUUUAUGGAGCAGUAUUACAGCAGUGCUACAGUAUGUACAAGCUGUUCAAUGGCACAUUCAGCAGGGCAAUGGAAGCUGGCGGUGUGGAAAUGCUGACACAAAAGCUUGAGAAGUUCUUCUACAGGUAUCUGCAGACACUGCACCUGCAGUCAUGUGACCUGCUGGAUGUUUUUGGAGGCAUCAGCUUUUUCCCGUUGGACAAGAUGACCUACCUGAAGAUCCAGUCCUUUGUCAACAGGGUGGAGCAGAGUCUCAGCCUGGUCAAAUACACCGCCUUUCUCUACAACGAUCAGCUCAUCUGGAGUGGUCUGGAGCAGGAUGACAUGAGGACUCUGUAUAAGUAUCUCACCACCUCUCUGUUCCCUCGCCACUCUGAGCCUGAGCUUGCAGGGAGGGACUCUCCCCUGAGACCAGAGGUGGCUGGCAAUCUGUUGCACUAUGGGAGGUUUUUGACUGGACCCGUGAGUCUCAAAGAUCCAGAUGCCAAAUUCAGGUUUCCAAGAAUAUAUGUAAACACAGGAGACAGCUAUGAGGAGCUUCAUUUGAUAGUGUAUAAGGCUAUGAGUGCUGCAGUAUGUUUUAUGAUAAAUGCUGCGGAGGAUUUAACGCGGGAGUUCUGCGAGCAGCUGGACAGUCUGGUGGGUCCCCAGCUCACCCUGCUGGCCUCAGACAUAUGCGAACAGUACAACAUCAAUCGCCGGAUAUCGGGACCAGAGAAGGAGCCUCAGUUUAAGUUCAUCUACUUCAAUCACAUGAACUUGGCUGAGAAGAGCACCAUUCACAUGCGCAAGACUGCUAGCGUUUCCCUCACGUCUGUUCACCCUGAUCUCAUGAAGAUCCUGGGCGAUAUCAACUGCGACUUUGCCCGAGUGGAUGAGGACGAGGAAAUCAUUGUGAAAGCAAUGACGGACUACUGGGUUGUGGGCAAGAAGUCAGACCAGCGGGAGCUCUACGUGAUUUUGAACCAAAAGAAUGCCAACUUAAUUGAAGUGAAUGAGGAAGUGAAGAGGUUGUGUGCAACACAAUUCAAUAAUAUUUUUUUCUUGGACUGAAGAGAUUUGCAGGAGAACGUGGGACUGUUCCAUCACACUAAGAAACUGUCAACUGUUGAGAAUACAGUGGCAGAAUCAGUGUAAUGCAAUAAUUGCAUUGUAAAAAAGAUUCACAACAUGCAAUUUUUUUAGAUUUUUAUUUAACAUAUAUAAAUUGUAAUGUCAUUCUUGUAAUUAAGUGUCAAAUCAGAAUUUCUGUAUUUUUCCCCAGUUUGUACAUACAUUGUUAUGUUGUUUUUUUUCAGUUUUUUUUUGCCAUACAUUCUGUCAACAUUUUAAAGACCACUCUAAUCUUUUUUUCCCCAUUCGCUUAAAUCUGACAUGCAAUGGUUUCUUUAAUGUUAUCAAGUCGACAAUAUUGUUUGUGGCCUGUUAUGAACUCCAUCUUUAAAUAAAUUGUGAAAAUUUUA